AUGUGUAAAAAAAAAAAGAUCAAGAUCGCACCCUUCUUUCGAAAGCAUAAAAGUGUGAUCGCCCAAGGUUCAGCUUUUGCGUGUCCAAUCACUCUUGUUUCUUUCGUUCCAUCACGAUCUUUUCUCGGCGACACUCGCGGCCUGUUCAAAGUGUAUCCGCUACAAAGAAAUCGAAGGAAGAAAAAGGAAAGUACACACACGGAACGCAAAAAUCUCGCCAAGAGUCGACGGCCGCCCGCUGCUAUUUCGAGGCUGCAGGAACAUACCGCUCGUUACCGAAUGUACUAUAAAACAAGAGAUUCAUCCAAUUGAAGUAGGAAAAUAUGAGAGCUAGAGACUCCAUUGUGUAUACUCCAGUAUCCCUUGGA